GAAAGAUUUUUACCCUCAGAUUUGAAGAAGGUUUGAUUUUUGAAUGGGACUACGCUAUGCUCUCUCUGUCUGGUAGUGUUAAAGCUCGAAUAGUUUACUUGGGUUUUUCAAACUUCAGCGAGUUGGGGCCUCUCCUGUCUUAUUUAUUUGGUAUUUUUUAAAAGUGUUUUCGACCGUUUUGUUCUGCUUCUCUGUUGGGCUGCAAAAACAGCAGCUCCUGUGCACUUCUGAAUUUUUAUAAGGGUUUUUGGGAAACAAUUUGAAGAUCAAACUGAGGCUGAUUGCUGCUGCAUCCAGCGUAGAGAGAGACUGAAGACAAAGCUGUAGUGGGUUGCUGAUUCCUUCAAGCAUCUUCUUGUUACGAGAGAGAGAGAGAGAGAGAGAGUGAAAGGAGUUCGAGAGGUUUGAAGAUCAAGCUAUGUGGAUUGCUUUCUGGAGAGAAGGACAAAUUCUAGUUCCUGAGGCUUAAAGAAACACAAGAUACUGUAGAGGGAGAUAGAGAAAGACAGAGGCCUCCAUCUGGGUCUGUUUUAAAUGGUGAAUAGCUUUGAAUGUUAAGGGAAGUCAAAGCAAUUUGAGUUGGUGUAUCUCUCUUGACCAAUCUGAUCCUUACCAUAUAGAAAUCAUGGUGGAAGAUAAAGGAAAAGAAGUAAUACAAGAUAUUCAGUCAGUCGAAGACUGGUUAUCACAUGCGCAAGAGCUUGUUCCCUUGGCACUUGAUAAGGCCAAAGCUGUGAAGGGGUUCCCAGGUAGAUGGAAGAUGAUAAUUUCCAAGUUGGAGCAGAUCCCCUCGCAUUUAUCGGACUUAUCGAGCCACCCUUGCUUCUCCAAGAAUGCACUUUGCAAGGAGCAAUUGCAGGCUGUGUCAAAGACAUUGAAAGAAGCAAUUGAAUUGUCAGAUUUAUGUAACAGUGAGAAAUACGAGGGUAAACUUAGGAUGCAGAGUGAUCUUGAUUCUUUAUCCGGGAAAUUGGAUUUGAAUUUGCGAGAUUGUGGGCUUCUGAUUAAGACUGGGGUGCUUGGUGAAGUUACUUUGCCUUCUGCUGUGGCCGGUUCAUCAACAGAACCUGAGGCUGCCGUUCAUAGCAAUAUAAGGGAAUUGCUUGCUCGGCUUCAGAUCGGGCACUUGGAAGCAAAGCACAAAGCUCUUGACAGCCUUGCUGAGGUCAUGAAAGAGGAUGACAAGACCGUUUUGGCUGUUCUGGGCCGGAGUAAUAUUGCUGCUCUGGUCCAGCUAUUAACAGCAACCUCUCCUCGUAUUCGGGAAAAGACUGUUACUGUAAUCUGUUCGCUUGCAGAAUCUGGGAUUUGUGAGAAUUGGCUUGUUUCUGAAGGUGUUUUGGCGCCUCUAAUAAGGCUUGUCGAGUCCGGUAGCACAGUGGGCAGAGAGAAGGCUACGAUCUCGCUCCAGAGAUUGUCAAUGACAACAGAAACAGCUAGGUCAAUUGUUGGACAUGGUGGAGUUCGACCAUUGAUUGAAAUUUGUAGAACUGGCGAUUCAGUAUCACAGGCUGCAGCUGCUUGUACUUUGAAGAACAUAUCAGUUGUACCAGAGGUUAGACAAAAUCUAGCUGAAGAAGGGAUUGUGAAAGUCAUGAUCAAUCUCCUUGAUUGUGGAAUUCUACUAGGAUCUAAAGAAUAUGCGGCAGAAUGCUUGCAAAAUCUCACUGCCAGCAAUAACAAUCUAAGGAGAAUUGUCAUUUCAGAAGGUGGAAUCCGAAGGCUAUUGGCAUAUCUAGAUGGUCCAUUGCCCCAAGAAUCUGCAGUUGCAGCAUUAAGGAAUUUGGUAACCUCAGUGUCUGUGGAAAUGUUGGUUUCUCUUGGUUUCCUCCCUCGCUUGGUUCAUGUCCUUAAAUCUGGAUCGUUGGGUGCACAACAAGCCGCUGCAUCUGCAAUUUGUCGGGUUUGCAGCUCAACGGAGAUGAAAAAAUUGGUGGGCGAAGCUGGAUGCAUUCCUCUGUUCAUCAAAUUGCUCGAGGCUAAAUCAAACAGUGUUAGGGAGGUUUCUGCACAAGCAAUUGCAAGUUUGGUAAACCUUUCACAGAAUUGCAGAGAAGUUAAAAAGAUUGAUAAAAGUGUGCCAAAUCUGGUGCAAUUGCUUGACCCAAGUCCACAAAACACUGCAAAGAAGUACGCUGUGUCCUGCCUAGCAUCUCUUUCUUCAAGCAAGAAAUGUAAAAAGCUUAUGAUUUCCUACGGUGCAAUUGGUUACCUCAAGAAGCUCACUGAGAUGGACAUCCCAGGGGCUAAGAAGCUGCUCGAGCGAUUAGAAAGAGGGAAAUUAAGAAGUUUGUUCAGCAGAAAAUAGAUGAAAAUUUGUACCCCUUCUUUUGUGUAUGAUAAAGUUUUAAUUUUAUCAUAUGUAAUCUCUGUUUCAUUGUCUGCAUGAAACAGUAAUCAAUGAUGAACUGGAGCACCAAAAGUGUGCUAAUAAUCUAUGCAAUCGAUCUUAUAUUUAUAUAAAUGUAUAAGAUUCCCCAAA